AUGAUUACAGAAUUACAAAAGAUUAAACCAAUUCAUGAAGAGAAUAUACCAAAAUUCAAUAUUACAAUCCAUGGAAUUAAUGAUCAUGUGAAUAUACAAAAAUUAAUUACAUUAUUAUUCCCAUCAGAAUAUGAAACAAAGAAUAUUGUUGUCAAGGUUUUAAAUAAAGGCUAUUCAAAUCAAUUAAUCUUCAUUGAUAAUAAACAAUAUUCCAUUUCUUUAACUGGAAUACCAUCAUUACUUAUUCGUAUUUAUGGUCAUUUAACCACAUCAUUAAUAGAUCGAACAAAUGAAAUGAAAUAUAUAAAAAUAGUUAGAAAAUUAAAAGGUUAUCAACAAUUAUAUGGAAUAUUUAAUAAUGGAUAUGUAUAUUCCUAUAUUGAUGGUUGUGAUAUUUCAUUGGAAAAAUUAUAUGAUAUAAAAUAUGGCAGGUUAAUUGCAGAGAAAUUAGCUCAAUUACAUUGUUUACCAAUUGAUGAAUUUAUACAAAUAGAAAAUAAGAUAAUCAAACCAGAAUCACAAAUAUUUUCAACCCUAUUAAAAUGGAUAAAUAGACUGAAUGAUGAAUUUAUUCAUUCAUUAAGAAAACGGAAUAAAUAUGAAUCAAUAUUUCCAAGUAAAUCUUAUGUAUUAAAUGAAGUGAUGAAAUUAAAAGAUCAAUAUCUUUAUAAUCCUAUAUCUAAAGUUGUUUUAUGCCAUAAUGAUAUGAAUGCAGCCAACAUUAUACUGGCACCAGAUGAAAAUUCAGUUCACUUGAUUGAUAUGGAAUAUUGUGACUUAAAUUAUGCUGCAUAUGAUAUUGGUAAUCAUUUUUGUGAAUUUACUGGACCAUAUGCUCUAGAGUUUAAACGUUAUCCUUCAAUUGAAUAUCAAAAAGAAUGGAUAAUCAUAUAUUUAACAGCAUAUUAUCAAUAUUCCCAAUCAAAAUUACAAUGGAAUAAUUAUCAAGAAGAUGAUAUCAAUCAAUGGAUUAAAGAGAUUAAUUGUUUUGCAUUAGUAUCUCAUUUACUUUGGGCUGUUUGGGCAGUAAUUUGUGCAUCGGAAAACUUAUAUUCUAUGGAUUUUCUAGCAUAUGCUGAUUCAAGAAUGAAACAAUAUUAUCAUAUGAAGAAAUGGUUAUUAUCAACUUUUCAAUUACCUGUUAUGUAA